AUCAUAAUAUUCGUUCAAUAACAUAAACGCGAAAUGGAAUACAAUUUUAUUUACUAAAAAACCUAUUAUUCACUAAAACAAAUCAUUUGUAUGUGCACAUAAUGACUCAAGAAAAAACGGAGCCCAGCUUAAGCAAGUAUUUUGCUAACGAUCCUCCAAGUUUCUUCGACCAUUUGGCUAAUAAAGAAGGGAAAACUACGUCCGAUAUCCCCGACGCCUACGUAUCAUACGAUUACCUUCAAAGUUCUCCCUUGGAUACAAAAUGUAACAUUCCCGAUAGUGUCCGUGAUCUGUGGGAGCUGCCGCCGAUUGGUGUAGGAGCACCUGCUGCUACAACGAUGCCCGGAGUCAGUGUGGCCACCGAUCUGAACGACCCGGUUCAGGAAGCUGUCAGUGUUCUUAUCGAUCCUAUAGAAGCGCAACAUCGGAAGAUUCUUUCACCGGAUGAUGUCACCCAAGACGAGCGAGGAUUGCGUGAACUGAUCGAACAUGGCUGUUUCCGAUCGGGUGUUAACUUGACGGCACGACUGCUGACUAUUAAGCAGCAAGGCUUCGGUCGGGCUGGUUAUGCGGUGAAGCAUUCUCCCAACUCGCUGCAACUGUGGUUUACGCGGAUAGCUCUGCUUGUAAAGCUAGGCCAGUUCGAGAUAGCCCGCGUAGAGGCGGAACCGUUUGAAUCGUUGAAUAAACCGGAUAUGUUCUACGAAUUCUAUCACCCUGAUAUGCAUGCGGACAAGAAAGGUUCGAUGGCACCGUUUUCAUUUCGUUUGCUACUAGCGGAGCUGCCUAUAUACUUGGGAGUACCUAGACUCGCCCUGGAUAGGCUUAUGGAGCUUCUUGCUGUUACCAGCCAAAUUAAAAGUUAUUUUGAGAGGUUGCCGGAGAGUUCGACACAAAAAGAUGCUGAACGUUUUUGGCAUUCACGGGAAACACGUAUUCUUCAUUCUAUUGUAAAUUGUUCGCUUUUGGUAAAAGAUUUCAGUCUUGCCGAUCAGCUGAUUCGUCGACUGGUAGAUGAUCCAGCAGCAACCGUUGACGAGAAGCGUGCGCUUCUUUCGGCCUGGGGCCGUAUUCGAUUGCAGUGCGGCGAUAUCUAUGGUGCUGAGAAGAAAUUUUCGGAAACUAAACGCUUCAGGGAAGAUCAAGCUAACCCUGAUUUGCGGGAGCUGAUAGACCGUGGCCUGCUGGCAGUGGCACAAAAUGAUUUUCAAAGCGCUUUAGGUUUGUUUCAGAAAGCAUCCGCCCUGGAUGGUUCAAAUACUAUGGUGUAUAACAAUAUGGGCGUUUGUUUGCUGUACUCUGGUAAACUGAAGGAAGCUAUUAAACUGUUCGAAAGUGCAGUUCAACGCAAUCCCAAGAUGGCUCUGAAUGAGUCACUUAUGGUCAACCUAGCGACGCUGUACGAGUUGGAGUCGAAUAAUUCGAAGGAGAAAAAGGUGGCGCUGCUGAAGCUGGUUAACAAACAUAGAGCUGAUUUGAGUGUGGGAUUGGAUGUCUGUUUGAAGCUGCAGACGGUUGUCUAAGCGAUGCAUAUUAUGCUGAUUGUCCCGAGAAAUACGGAAAAUAAAUACAGCGAAUGCAAAAGACAUUUCAAACUCAUUAAGCGGUCCGGUGUUUUUGCGCUGGCACGGACGUGAUCAGUACAUUAAAUUUUGUACGAUGUCUGAGAGGAUGUCUGAUACUGAUACAAAUUCCGUCAGUACACGAUUUAGAGGUUCUCUAAACAUGGGAAAAAAUCUAAUACUUUGUGAUUCAAUUUUUUCAUUUAUUUUCUAGAAUCGAUUACAUAAAAAUGAUUUUCUUUGUACAUAACAUGAUUUAUGUGUAAUGCUAAUUCAUCGGUACAUUGUACCAAUAAAGCUAGUUAUGAACUAAUGAACUGAAUUGUUCAACGCGUUAGUUUUAGUCAUUCAACUGAUCAUCAUUGCCUGGCAUGACUCUUAGUGUCAAUUUCUGGAUCCAGUGUAUCCUUAUACCUACAACGCAAUGUGCACAACCUCAAUAUUUCUUUAGUUUUUGGUUAUUCUUCUCGUUUGUUAUUGACGUUUUUCGUUAUUUUGAUAGUAUUUAAGACAAGGGUUGAAAGGUGAUAUAAUCGGUUGAUUCUUUGGUCGACUAUCAAAGCAAUAACGUUUGAAGGCCAAUAAAUAUUUGCUGUCAGACCAAUCUCUUAUUUUUUUCAUUGUUCACCGAUUGCCCUACAAUUCCUGUGAUCAUAUUUUCAUUAGAGUGAGAUUUAUCAUUUAUUUCUACGACUUCUAUUUGAAACCGUAUUGGACAAGUUUCGAAUACUAAAGGCAACAAAAAGGUAUGAUUUCACCACAUAAAUCGGGUCAUUUGGCUAUGUGCUGUUUUUUGGUCUACUGA